ACACACACAAGUAGUAGAAUACUAAAAACAUUUUAGCCACCUGGCAAACUUUCUGAGGAUAAUUUUGAGAUACAAAGCAGAGGGAUAUAAUUAUGACACCCCUGAGUGAUCUCUGAAUGAUCAACAUUUAGCAAAUGGCGUAGCAUACUUUAUUUUUUUGUUCUUUCUAUUUAGACUGGAUAUAGCUUUGUUUUACAAGCUCCACUGGCUUUUGUUAUUUGAGCAUUAUAUUUCAAACUAUACUUUUGAUCUGUUUAUCAUUUCUAUGCCUCUUUAUCUUUGAUCUGCUGUCUGACUGUGCCUACUUGUUCUCUUCUUUCUUCUGGGAUAUGUCCCUUUUGUUCCAAGAAAGAGCAGCAGGAAUAAUGUAUUACAUUUCCCCAAGCCCUUACUGUUGUAAUUUUCUUCUUAUUGAAAAUUGGUCUGUUACUUCUUUGUACCUGUUUAAAUGGCUUUUUAAGAUCAAGGUUUUUCCCAGGUUUUCUUUGACUGAUUUUUGCCCUUUUUAUUGUUAAGCACAUUUAUUGAAAUGUCUUGCUCCUCCCAUUCCCACUUUUUUUUAUGACUAAUGCACAGUCUUCAAGGCUUUUUGUUUUCUCCUGAUUUUACAGUCCCUAACUGCAGAAACAAUAAGGAUGAAUUGUUGUUAUAAUUAUUAUUACUCAGUUAAGUUGAAGAAGAACUUAACAAAACAGAUGGUUUUAACUGGCUAACAGAGUAAAAUAUAUAUUCAGGAUGCAAAAGAAUAUACUGGAAAUACGUUUUAGAGUGGACACUAGGCAUGUUUAUUCAGCUGUAAGUCAUAUUGACUGCAAGGGUCUUACUCUGAGAUGGAUGACUAUAGUUACACAUUAGAGAGAAGAUAAUACACUGGGCUAAAUCCUGAACCAAACUCAUUGGAAACAAUGAGAAAAGGGCUGCCUGUUCAGCCUAUGUGUAAGUGAUAAGUUGCUGAGAAUAUUUAAUAAGAUCAUAUGUAAUUUCCAAAAAAAGAAAAGUUGAGCAAACUCAAGUUGUCCUUAAAAUGAAAUUGAAAGGGAUAUUUGUAACUUAUUUUAAAGUAUUACAGUAGUUCAUUCAAAAUAUAGGCCAGAUAAGCAGUCCCAAGAGGAUACUGUCUUAGUUAAUAUGGAGAACCAACUGUAGAAGGGAAGAAGACAUCUUAUAUUGAAGUUAUAGAUGUCUUGAUCAAAUGAGAAGAAAAAGCAUAAGGUCUGGUGAAAUAAACAUAGAUAUUUGAACCUGAUUGGGCCCUGUCGUAUAGCUGAAUAUUGUUUAAAGAGUGAACAUUUUCUACAGUCAUGCUGCCAUUAUAACCUUCCUGCAUUUUCCCACAGCUACUUCCACCUAUUUUCUUUCCAUCACUAGAAAUAAUCCAUUAAGGAGGGGAAGCAGGGAUGGGGCAAAGCAUCUUUGGGCAGAGUUGGGGGAGCUAGAAGGAGCCCUUCCUCUAAAAACCUGAAAGGUGGGAAAAUACGCAAGGGCUACCAAUGGAAGACAACAUCUUCUGACCUAUCAAAGAAGUGAGGCAGGAACAACUGCACAAUGCAAGUCUUGUGCAAGUCUGCACAAUGCAAGGAUGCCCAAAUGCAAGACACACACACACACACACAGUACUUAAUUCACAAUACAGAAAGGGUGAGUGGGGAAGUAUAGCCUUGCAUGCAGGAAUGGGAAAAGCCAGUUUAUCUCCUCUCUAGGACUAACAACUGAGAGAGCAGGAUUAUUACGACAGUGCGGGAGUCCCGAGUUCACCCACUGGGUGACCUUGGGCAAAUUCCUUCUGCCUUGCAGAUUCAGGCUCAGAGUAGCACGGAAGGAAGAACCUCGCCAUCCUUUGCAAGGAUCUUCCGGGCUCGGAUGAAAGAUAGGAGGGAUCUUAUAACUGUCCCUGGUUAAGAAAUAGCGCCCUUUUUGGUAUUGGCCCACCACUUUUUUCUACUGCACUGCCCCCCCCGCCCGGCUUCUCCGUGCCCCAGAUGGCUAUUCCCUCGGACAAAACAAGUCUUGACUCGGAUCCGGUCUUGGUCGCUUUGCAAAGUGGUGCGCCUGGCCGAGCGACCCGCAGAACAGUCCUCGGCGCGCGCCUCAUGGCCCUUCGGCGGCUGCUGCUGCUGGUGGUGGUGGCUGGCACGGAUCCAGCCUUAUCCCGGUGUGCCAUCCCCGCCCAGCACUGCAGCUCUGGUCAUAUGAGCAAAACCGAGGAGAAGGGCACUUUCCCCCUCCCCCCUCAUCUGAAGUCUUUCCUGGCACUUUCUCUCCCACUCUUUCCCCCAACAGUUGCAAGAAUGGCGAUGGCGGACUUGUUCACCGACGAGGAGAUCAAGAAGAUGUUGAGAGCCUUUGCGGCUACCAAUUCUUUUGACUACAAGAAAUUCUUUGAGAUGUUGGGACUGAAAAAUAAAAGCCUUCAAGAACUGAAUAUGUUUUUUAGCAUUCUGGACACAGAUAAAAAUGGCUAUCUCGAACCUGAUGAAAUACAGUUGAUGUUGCAGGAUUUUUCCCCCAAUAGCAGGCACCUCACUGAUAAAGAAACCCAGGAAUUUAUGGGUGCUGGAGAUAAAGAUGAGGAUGGCAAAAUAGGUAUUGAUGAAUUUAUUAUCCUGGUGAAUCAAUCAUAAAGGUUUGGACUAAUCUGAAUCUUCAUCUAUCGUUUACCACCUGAUUCCACCUGUUUUGUAUUGACCUCUUUUGUUCUUCACCUAUUCAUCUAACUUGCUCUAUACUUCAACUCUGUCCUCUGCAGCCCUGUAACACUGUAAUUGUGCUGGAAAAUGCUCUUAAAAUAAUAAAGGUCACAUCAGUCUGGA